AUGAGAGAGACACGCUUAAAAAGCUAUAGAAGUCAUGUCUUCGAACACAUGGCUUGUUUGAGAAUUCUUCUGCUUCCCGCACUCAGUGCUGCCUUCGGUACAGCUCCUCAGACGAGAAUUCGCCUUGGAAAAAUCAGCAAAUCUGAGAAUCGCGUUCAAAACAAGGAAUGCCUCGAUACAGGACAAAAAACGAUGAAUCCUACUCAAGUUCAAGCCGGACACAUGAAGCACGCUGUGAUGAUCGACAUCAACAAUGGUGCAGGUAGGUGCUCGGGUGUGCUCAUCAGCAGAAUGCACGUACUAACAGCCGCUCACUGCUUUGUCAAGGAGGAAGAGUGUCAUCUGGGAGUUACAUCGUUAAAAACAGCCACCUUUGCUUCCUUCCAAAAAAUGCCAGUGAGGGUGUUUGUUGGUGGAGCUUGUGCAUUAUUGGAAAGUCCAGGUACUUGUGGAGGAAAUGUUAUGAGCAAAACAAAUGCGGUUCAUAUUGGAGUUCCACGCCGUUAUUUCGGGUCACGGUGUCGAUCCGGUGACAUCGCUAUCGUCCAGUUGGCUGAGCGGCUGCCGAUCCGAGACGAAAUUGAUUUUGCUUGUCUACCUAAACGUACUAUGAAACUACACCACACAACAGAGAUGGCUGGAUUUGGAUAUGACCCAAGCAACGCUGGAGCUGACGUGGUGCACAUGAAGAUAAUCACCCUAACAAGAGAGCGAUUCUGUGAUCCGGGAACACAUGCUGGGAAAGACGUGUUCUGCAUGCAUGAGGAUGGGCAACUCGCUUGUAAGGGCGACAGCGGAGGCGGGGUGAUACAGAAGGAAGACUCAAAGCCUUUUGUAAUGGGAGUACUUUCGAAAGGAUUGAAUUGUAAUGAUGUGUUAAUGGAGAUUAAUCGUAACCUUCGAAAGCACAUGAGCGGUCAUGAAGAUUUCCGAGGAACUGUGAUAACGGAUGUGCGAAAAUACCUGGACUGGAUCUGUUUUCACAGUGGCGUUUGUGAAAGGCACAUCCUUCGGAAAAGAAUGAAAAUAACUAAAAUUGUAAUGAUCUAUUGA